UUCAUAAAUGUAUUCAAUGUUAUCGAAAUUCCCAGGCAGCGAAAACCAUCAAAACCACUGAUUUAAUUUCAUCCGAGAAGUGCAUGUACUCGAAAUUUUAGUUCUUCGCUACUCAUUUAUGAUUGGAAUCAAAUGCUAAUCAAUAUUUUGCUUAGAACUCAACUAUAUUUGCUGUUGAGGACUAAAUUGUUGCUUAUAACUCAUGUUUAGGUUCGUUUUGGUUGAAGCUGACUUCGCCAAAUAAACCAAGAAUGGGGUUUGAGCCGUUUGUUUGGUAUUGUCGUCCAAUUGUUGGUGGUGUUUGGACAAAUGCAGUGGAAAAUGCUUUUGGCGCUUACACACCAUGUGUCAUUGACUCACUGGUGGUUGCUAUUUCUCACCUGCUUGUUCUAGGUCUAUGUAUCUACAGAAUAUGGCUGAUGAAAAAGAAUUUUACAGUACAGAGGUUUUGUUUGAAGUCAAAGAUAUACAAUUAUGUGCUGUGUUUGUUGGCUGCUUACUGUGCGUUUGUGCCUUUAUACAAAUUGAUCAUGGGAAUUUCAGUCUUGAAUUUAGAUGGGCAGACCGCACUUGCUUCAUUCGAGGUUGUUGCCCUUAUAAUUCAGGCCCUUACUUGGUCCUCAAUGGUUGUAAUGCUUCUUGUAGAAGCCAAAGUUUAUGUUUUUGAAUUUCGAUGNAAAUCUCAAUGUUCCAUCUAA